AUGUCUACACAAGGUCUCUCAGGAAAGACUUGUCUCGUCACUGGGGGUGGGGGAGGCUUAGGCAAAGAAAUCUCCAGGCAAUUGUUGGCUAAAGGCGCGAAUGUCGUGAUCUGUGACAUUAAUAAGGACCUCUUGGAUUCUGCAUCAAAGGAAUUCUCGGGCCAAGGCACGUUGUUGACUAUUCAAUGCGACAUCACAAGCUCAGAAUCUGCUGAAGCCAUGUUCGAGGAGAUCAUUCAGAAGCUGGGAAAGCUCGACGUUCUGGUCAACAAUGCCGGUAUCAUGGACCGGUUCGACCCCGCUGGUGAUUUGGAAAAGGAUCUUUGGGACAAGGUCAUCGCGGUAAACUUGACGGCACCAUAUUUGUUGACCAGACUUGCUGUUCGGCAUUUCCUGGAACGGGGAGCUACCGACGCCUCAAUUCUGAAUGUGGGAUCUUUGAGCUCACAGGGCGGUUUCUUUGCUGGGGCAGCAUACACAGCAAGCAAACAUGGGCUCCUCGGGCUGAGCAAGAACACGGCGGCGUUUUAUCGCGACAAGGGCAUCAGAUGCAACUUGAUCAUUCCGAGUGGAAUGCAGACCAAUAUCGUGACUGCCUUUGCACAAGGCACCAACCAGGACGGAAUGGCACUCGCGAUGACGUGUGGACAGGCAGUGAAGGCUGCUGUCGUCCCGCUGGAAGACGUGGCAAGAUUGGCCGUCUUCCUAUCCUCAGAUGAGUCCAGUGCUAUCAGCGGGUCAUGUGUCACUCUGGAUAAGGGCUUUACAAGUCUAUUUUGA